AUGUUGUUCACAUUUCCAGAGUUUUGUUUAGUUUUAGUCAACGAGCGAACAAUAGUUUUCAAAUCCAUAAUUGUAAUAGAAAUUUGGAGUCUUUUAUGCUGUACUUGCAGUCAUUCCAAAAUUCCAACUCUGAACUUAUUUCAUGCCACAUUUUCUAAUUUAUGGGACAUUGACCUCGUACUAAUUCUAAUUAAAUGGCUGCUUAACGUAACCAUCGACAAUAAAUUAACAGAAACUGUCUCAAAAAGCGAAAGUGAACGAAUUCUAAUGCAAUGUCAUUCCGGUCAGUUUGACCGUAAUUUAGCGAAAUAUUUAAAAUACCAGAAACCUUCAUCUGCAGUGGUCAAUUUAAUGACAGCAGCUUGA